AUGCUUUUAUCUUGUGGAGUAGUAUCAGAUGGUGGUAUUUCAGAGGAGAUAGUAUUAGUAUGUUGUAGUAUUUGGGGAAAUAUAUGUGCCACUGGGACUAAACUAGGACAUGUGUACUUGUGGCAUAUACAAAGUGAAGAGAAUGGAAAUAAUGACAAAGAUAAUUUAGUUCCAUAUAAUAUUCUGCUACCAAGUACACAUGGUAAUCAUGAGUUAAUUGGUAUGGUAUUUAUUUUAUCACCAUCACCACUGUUACAAGGUUGCUCAGAAGAGCUAUUAUUGACUUUACAUUCAGAUAGGAUCUUAAGAUACUGGUCUUUAGAUAAUGGUAGAUGUAUAGCUCAACUGGAACAUAGUGCUGAACAUGAUGUCACCCAGGUUAUUAGUUUGGUAGAUAGAAGGUUUGUACUGCUAGUUGGUUUUCAAAAGAUUACAAUAAUAGAUACAUGGUCCCGUCUAAAUUGUGGCAGACUAAAGAUAGCUAGUUGUCCAAUUAGCAAAAGGCUUGAUAAAAAUAUGAAUGAUGAAGAUACCUUCCCUAUAUAUAGAUCAAUGACAGAUUCUUCCGAGAAGUCAAGGAAUUAUAAUUUAGACUCUAAUAAUAUUCUGAAUAAAAACAUAUCUGAAUUGCAAAAUUCACCCAAGUCUUCUGGGAGAUAUGGAGAAUCAAUGAUAUGCUGCGUAUCUACUAAUUAUGACUAUUUGGAACUUCUAAAAAGAUCUGCAAGUAUUUCCAGUUAUGACUUUUGCGCAGAUUAUCAAUAUCCAACUGCUCAUUUAUAUACAGUUGCAGCUGUACUAAAUACUGGUCAAGUUUUGGUUUGGGACUUAAGCUGUGUUAUUAGAGUUUGGUGGCACUUCAUUCCUAUUCCACAUUGUGAGUUACCUUGUCCAGUCCCUAAACCUCAACGAGGUGAUGUACCCGAGCCAUUUGCUAAAUACAACUGUGAUGUAACUAAGAAUUCUGAAACCUUAAGGGAGUUUUCAUAUACUGGGAAUGGGCGUUUACGUGGACAAAUUGACAAUAAAUCUGAAUCAUCUCAACUUAGUAAUACCAAUUCAUACUCGAAUUUUCAAUCUACAGUUGUAGAUAAUUCUACAAACUCUGCAGUUGAUUUCUGUCGAACUAACAGCAUGUAUAUAGAUAAUCACUCUGGUUACUUUAAAUCUCCCAAUGCCUAUCAAAUUCCAGCUACAAAAUCUCCUCUAUUAGCUCCUUUGUUAUUUUACCUACAUCCAUGCUUCGUUUCCGAACCAACAAAGCUUUAUUGUGUACAAUCAAAUGAAAUGGUAUCUACUCAGAUAAUAGUGGUUGAUUAUUACUUGAUUAUAAAUGCUAAAUACCGUUUGAUAAUAUGGCGUAGAAGUUUCCAGCCACAAUUCCAAAAUAGAAAGCUACGUUACCAACCUUUUGGAGAUAUCUUUGUACCUCCAACUUCAUAUCCUAGUGAUCUGGAACUAGGUACAAUUUUUAGAUCUGAGACCUACGAAAUAUAUAAGGAUACUACUUUGCAUAAAGCAGAUACAUAUGGAGAGUCUCAAAGUGCUAUAUCAUAUAAUAAUGAUGAAAAUAAACAAGAACAUAAGCUUUCUAUUUGGAUGGGACUAGCAUAUGCUUCUUGUUUAGAAUGUGACUCCUUAAAGGAGGAUGGUAAAUAUUUCUCAAUUUUGGCAUGGUCAUCAGAUUUGAUAAUUUACAAGUUAAAAAUUCCUAAAGUUUUGGAUGUCUUGUUUUCUGAUAACACUGACUUUCACACAGAACGUACAGAUAAAUUUUCGUUCUUAAAUACAUUGAUUGAAGACUACUGCGGAAGAUACUCAGAUAUGUUACUUUAUCCAAUAUGCUUGAUUAAUUGUGAAUCUGAAAGAACGGAGGAAAUAUGUAGUGUGAAGGAUUUAUCUAGUUUGUGGCAAUUUUGGAAGGUUUAUUCAAUACAGAGUGAUGAAACUCUAAAAUCAAGGAUCUUGUGGAUUCAUAGACACAAUAUAAAUCUUUUAUAUAAUUUAAGACAAGAUAAUCUAGAUCAUAUUUUCUCUAAAGAUAAACUUACUGAGAAUUCACAAUAUGGAUCUUUAACAGAUAUGGUGUUAUCUUUAGAUUCCAUAUCAUAUGUGAGAUUUUCUUCAUGUUUUGAAAAUGAUGAAAAAGAAAACCCUUUUAUAAUUGAUUUACCCUGUUCAUACAAAAGUAGAGAGAUUUACUCUAAGAAACUUGCUUGGAGUUUAACGAUGCCUUUAACUGAUAUAUGGGAUAACUAUGUUAACUCUUUUGAACGUAAAGAUUCUGUGAGAGUUUGUGCUUGUUUGUUUACUGAACAGAAAAAUUCUAUUUAUUGUAUUAUUUCUUUAUCUAAUGGUAAAAUUAUAGGACAAUGCCUAACGGGUGAUUUUGGUUUAAUAGAUGGAACAAGCUGUAGUUUUGAUAAACACUCAUUUGGAACAAUUGAGAAUGGAAUAAUAUAUAUUCUUCCUGUUCCUUACUUUUUUGGAAAUAGCAGAAAUACAGGGGAAACUGUUAGUGUUGUUGAAUUCGCUUCUGUUACAGAUGGAUAUAUUUUCGGAGCUACUUCUAAUGGAAAUAUUCUCGUUUGGAAAGUAGAUUUAAUGAAUACUAAUCAAAGAAGAAACUCAGAGUAUAAUACUUCAGUUUUUAAUGAUGAAUACACAAAAAGGAAAGAAUACACCUCAGAUUUGGGCUCAUUCUCUCCAUUGCAAGGGUUAUAUAAUAAUAAAAGCACUUUUUCUCUAGUUUUGUGUAUAAGUGGCAUAUUUUCCAGUUCAAACAUUACCCUAACUAAAGUAAUUAAAUUAGAAUUAACAUCUAUGGGUGAAAUUGACACACCUACUUUUGAAGAUUCUAAAAUUUUGGUGCACUCCUGCUCUGAGAAAAGAACACUUUUAUUGAGUAUAAUUGAUAAUAAAGGAAGAUAUGAGGAUGAAGAAUGUCAAGUGAUCGAUAAAUAUGAUAACUCAACUAUGAAUGAAGAAUUUGAAUCUAUAUAUAUGGAACAUAAAAGAGUUUCAUUUAAGACUACUCCAUUAAGUUUAUAUAAUUCUGCAGAUUUUAAGUGUCCUCAAAGGUUAGAUUCGGCAUGCAUAGAUACAAUAUGCGACUUUAUUUAUAUUCUACAUGGAAAGGAAAUGUGCAUUUUUGAUAGUAACUCUGGUUGUUUAUUGACUAUUAUUGAUACAGGCAACAUAUUAAAUAUUGAAUCACCUCAGCUUCCAUAUAUCCACUUAUCUGCUGGAGCUAUUUCAAAUAUUGUGAGAUUUGUCCAAUGCAUACCAUCUUUGGAAUUUUCUAGUCAUGGUUUUAUAUAUGGAUCAAUACCAAUAGGAAAAUAUAAACCUAGGAAUUAUACAUGUUGCAAUAGUACUGGACAAACUGAAUAUCCAAGAUAUUUAGAAUUAUGUAAGGAAAAAAUUCUAAAUUUCCAAACUCAUCAUCUCAAAUGCUCAAAAUAUGAUUACCUUGCUGAACAGAAAAAUGAAAAUCUUAAAUAUAAGGAUUAUAUAGAAGACUUUGACUCUAUUAAUGCUGAGUUUAAAGUCUCUAAAACUGAUUUUAUCUUAGAGGACUAUUCAAAAGACGAUAUGAACUCCUAUUGUAGAACUUUUACUAUAGAUUCCAGAUAUUUAAGAUCAGAAAAAGUGCUUAAAUCUUAUCCCUCAAUAGGAACAAGGCCCUUAGAUAGUGAUCAUUAUAUAUUCCUGUCCUUCCUGAUUUUUAAUCCCCAUGCAUCUUCAGAUGUACAGAAAAUUGAGAAGAAGCAACAGCGCAAUACCAAGACAGCCAAAUAUUUGAGACAUUUACUUCCUCUCUUUAUAAAGUCUACAGAUAUAUUUCUGACUAGAAUAUUAUCUAUUAUGGCUCCUUUAUCUACUACUCCUAUUUUGAAAGUUAAUUCAAUAAUCAUUGGUGUAAAUUACUCUCUUUCUAUUCCUAUUGGAAAUGGAUGCAAUAUGCACAAAAUUCAAACUACUUCUGAGACUUCAUUUGUAAUUCCCAAGAAUAGUGAUACAAUAAAUAUACGUCUAUCUGGUAUAUUACAAAGUACUCAUGAUGAAUUAACGAACACAAAUAGACAUUUGGAAAGAAGAUAUCAUUCUUUUGAUACAUCAAGGAAUAAGGGGGUAGGUGAUAAUUCUGAGAAUUCUUACAACCGUUCUUAUACUUUUGAUGGGGUGGGGCCACCACCUUAUCGUUAUGUUGCAAUAGAGAACUGGAAUGAGAAACUAACGAAACAUAUAUUUAAUAAGACUGCCUUUUUAAGAUCUUUAAGGAGCAAGGUUGGUUCAAACAAGUUCCAAACUAUUGUAGCAUCUGGUAAGCCAUACAGUGACUGGAAUACAAAAACAAGAAACGAGAAUUUAUCUACGAGCUCAAGUUACUAUUAUAUUGGGCAAUUUUCGGGAAUACCUUGCACUUCUCAUGUAGUUAACCAGAUUGUUAAAUCUAGACACCCCCACUAUAACCAAUCUGGUAAGAAGAAUAGAAAAUAUUUGGAGGAAUCUAAGAUUCAAAUAGAAAGAGAAGCAACACCAAGGAGAAAAACUAGAGGAAAAGGACUGGAAGGAUAUAGGAACAUUGAUUCUGAAAAAAUAAGAAAUACUAGUUAUGAGGAUAAAACUGAUGUUGAUACUGUUCCCGACUUUCAUAUUGAAUAUUUUUCACAUAAAUCAAAACAAAAUGACUUUAAUCAAUCAAUAAUUCACUCUCCAACAAUUCAGAGUAGUUUGAACUUACAUGAUACUUCAAAUUUUCAAAAAGCUAAGGUAUUACCUAACUUUGACGGUGAAGAUAAAGAGUGGUUACAAUUUUUCUUGAAUUAUAGACGUUUCAGAUAUGAUAAUUUAACAUGUUCUGAUCAAUUGGAUGACUGUAAUGGACCUUUGACAUCUUUUUCAACUCAUAAUGUAGCUCUUCAAAUGGUUAUUUUGCACUAUUAUUUUUCCUAUUAUUGUGAUAUGGAGAUCCCAAUUCGUCUAGUUGAUAAAUUUCUACUAUCAUGGAUUACUAGCUCAAUGUACAGAAGACAUGAUACAGAGAGAUUAAUUCCAUUCCACCUAUUUACAAUUACUGGAAUAACCCUGGAUAUUUAUAAUCCAUAUCUAAGAUCAUCAGCCAGAUACUGUCUUCAAUUAGCUAUAAGAUCUUUACCUGCAAAGGUUCUUGCAUAUAGUGAAGAAAUAGCCUUAGAUACCUUAUCUGGGUUAUUAAGGACACAGUGUAGUACUUCUGAAAUAUCAGAAAGUCCAAAUUUACUUAAUCAAAGUAAUUUAUGCAAUGAUACACUUGAUUUUGAUACAUCUUUAGAGAGUGAACUACAGGCUAGCGGAAUUCCGGAACAACAAAAUUCUUAUCAAGCUAAGGAUAUUUCUUACUCACCCCCAUGGAAUGAAUCUUGUAAACGUGGUCAUCUUCAACACUACUCUUAUUGUACUAUGUCUCUUUGUAGAAUGAUUGGCUAUAGACUUCCAUUUUCUAUUAUGAACUCUUGUGAGUACUACCAUUCUAGUAUAAGUAUAGAAGACAUGGCAUUGUUCUUUUUAAAUGUGGUUUUACAUGAGCAUCCCUUCAAAAGAGUACAUUCCAAAUGCUUAGGAAAAAUUUUACUAACAUUUCUUGUAAGCAUUAUAUGCUCUUAUGAUAUUGAGCCAAUAGUUAUUCUAUCUAAAAAUUUAGGGAAAAAUAAAUCUGAACAAAAUAAAGAUUUUAACUAUUCGAAGAAGUACCAGUAUGAACAAUGGUAUCCCUGGGAAAGAAGUUUUAUUUCAGAUGGCAACAAUGAGUCCGAUUUAGAUAGCAUGGAUACUUGUAACGAUAUAACAACUGUUAUUCAGACAUUAAGAUUUCUUUGGGCUGUUGAUCUUUUGGUUCUCAACUUCAGUAUUCUUUUAGGUCAUCAGUUUAUAUCUGGCACCUGUAUCCCUUCUCUACUUCGUAGAGGUCUGGCAAAUUGGGAAAAGAGCAUUUAUGUAGCUGCAAUUUUAUUUCAGACAGACCAAGGAACAAGUUUUACAGAAGAUUUGAAAAAUAAAAAAAAAUGCACUAAAUUUAAAGAUCUACCAACUCUAUUAUCCAAAAGUAUUAUAUGCCUAUGUAUUAGAUUGCUUACUUUAGCCCAAUAUCCCCCAUUUUGGUUUUCUUGUCGUCACCUACUUCAACUUAUUGGACAAAUAGACCCACUAACGUACAUAUAUAUACUAGGAUGCGCAGGUAGAACUUGUUAUUCAGAUAUGGGAAUGAAUUAUACAUGCAAUAUGCUGUCAUUAAUGAUUUACUUCGUUUCAAAUUAUCCUGAAUAUUCUUUCCCUUAUAUUAAUGUGGCUGUAGAUAUUGCCAUUGGGUUUUUGGAUCCUCUUGAUUCUGUCCUUAGAAAAGGAACUAUUGCAGCUGUUACUUCCGUACUUUAUCAUCUAGUCAAGACGUUUCCGAUGAUCGCCUUUCAUCAGCAUACUCAACGUCUAGCUAUUGGCCAUCAAAAGUCAAUUCUCAUAUAUGAUCUGAGAACUGCAACUAAAUGGAGAGUACUUCAAGGUCAUAAAGGCGCUGUAGAUGCCCUUUGCUUUGAUAAGGGUGGGGAGUUUCUAGCCUCUUAUUCCAUUACUGAAAGAUCUUUGAGACUUUGGCAAUGUACUCAAUCAGGCCUACUAGGUGGACUUUUAGGUAUAUCUGGAAGUUGUAUCAAGUUUAUACAACUACCUGAGCUUAGAAAUAAUCCAAUAUAUAAUGCUUUAUACUAUAAACUUAGAACUGUAAAAGUUUCUUAUAAAAACCCGAAAGAGUGGCAAAUUAAAAGGGAGGAUCAAAGAAAUUACAUUGUUACAAUUGACUACUAA